AUGGCAGCCGUUCUCACCCGCCCGACGCCGGGCACCGUCCAGUGCUUCGGCCGGAAGAAGACCGCCGUCGCCGUGGCCUACUGCAAGCCCGGCCGCGGCCUCAUCAAGGUCAACGGCGCCCCCAUCGAGCUCAUCCGCCCCGAGAUGCUCCGCCUCAAGGCCUUCGAGCCGAUCCUGCUCGCCGGUAGGUCGCGCUUCAAGGACAUCGACAUGAGGAUUCGCGUCCGCGGCGGCGGGAAGACGAGCCAGAUCUACUCCAUCCGCCAGGCCAUCGCCAAGUCCCUCGUCGCCUACUACCAGAAGUACGUCGACGAGGCGGCCAAGAAGGAGGUGAAGGAGAUCUUCGCCCGCUACGACCGGACGCUCCUCGUCGCCGACCCGCGCCGUUGCGAGCCCAAGAAGUUCGGCGGUCGUGGCGCCCGCGCGCGUUUCCAGAAGUCUUACCGUUGA